CAAAAGUUGCACUAAACGAAGUCCCUUCAGCAUGUCCUUAUGACUGUGUGAACAUGAUUGCGACAAUUCGAAGUUAUCCCAAACAUACAAGUAUUAUUUGGAAGAAAGGCAAUAAACCUAUUGACAUCACUCUCACCAAAUAUGCCGGAAGCUUAAAUGUUGGCGACCGUCCUGUACUGUGUAUUAACAAUGUCAAAGAAGAUGACGGGGAUGUUUAUACAAUUGAAGUACAGAACGCACUGGGGAAGGGAACUUGCAAUGAGGAGUUGUUCGUAAUCGGAGUUCGUCAAAUGAUUUUUAUAUCGGGUCCUGUGGUAGUGUCUCCAUCAGAAACAAUAAAUUUCCAGGCCUUCUUGCCUGAUAGAAAGUUUUCGAUUGCAAAAUGGUGGAAGAUAACGAAACAAUCAACAACAGAAAUACAGCCAGACACUAAAAAGUAUUUGUUAUAUCAAAGAAAUAAAAUCCACGCAAUUGAAAUUAUAAAUGCAGAAAAAGGAGAUAGCGCAGCAUAUCAAUUUUCUUUGGACACCAUGAAAAGCAAUAAAAUUCACACUUUCGUCGAUGAUUCUGGGAAAUAUACAACAAGCAAACAAGGAAACUGUCUUCGUUUGUUUGCUCUGCAAGCUGUCAGCGCUGAUGCCAUGAGAAAAGUUUUUGACAACCCGAAUGAUUUUGAAGACAAAAAAACAAGAUUGAAGCAAUACUGUGAAUCAAAUCUCACAAACCCAAGAAACAACGAAUUAUUUUCACGUCUUGUGAGAAAAAAGGGGACCUCAUUGAACGAUGCAGACAUUUCCCUAAUGUACGUUAUAUUAAGAAAUUCAGUUGUCCAAAAACCUAAAAAUGGUUGGGGGAAACGUCCUGAAGAAAACGACAUAGCUUUAGCGGAUGACAUCGAGCGAAUACAUCAAUGCAGGAAUCUUAUUUGUCAUACUGAUGCGUCGGAGAUUGAAACAACAUUAUUCAACAAAACAGUUUUGGACUUGUCUGGGGCAAUUCGAAGAUUAAGCAAGGAUAAUGUCAAGUUGAUAGAAGACACCUGUGACAUUUUGAACAAAGUUUUCGCCAAAGGGAAAGACAUGGAACAAAUGAUCGAGAAAUUAAAAACAUUUAAAAAGGAACAACAUCCGUUUGAUCAACUUCUAAUCGAAGAAUACCAUGGUAAUACACAAAAGACAGAAAGAAGCAAUCAAAAUGAUGAUGUAAAAUUUCAUGACGUCUGUGAUUCAGAUAUAGUAAUCAUGGAUGACGGAACAACUGCCACCCAAGGAAAAUUAUACAGAAGUGGUGUAUGCUUUAUGAAUCGGCCGCUGACGCUCAAAGACGAAGUACACGUACAUGGAUUUUGCAAGCCAACAGAUUUAAUACGUCAUAAAAAUCAUGCAUAUACUCGAAUAGGCCUGACAAACAAAGAUCCUGACGAAAUUUAUAACUCAGAAAGUAAAAUGGAAGCCUGUGGAAGCACACUAGAGAAGGUAGAAAUUUUUCAGGAAGAAAAUACUGAGAUUUCUUUCGAAGAGUUUCAUCUUAGCAUUUAUUUACGUCGGAAUGCUACACUUUCGAUAAAACUUAAUGGAACUAGACAAUUCCACCACCGUUAUCCACAAGUAUCAACCGCUCAUCCUUUGUGGCUUGUGAUACAGCCCUACGGAAUAAAAUCAAUCAAAAUAUCAAACAUCGUAAAAUAAAAAUUUCUAGCCAUUCCUACAAAGAUGUUUCGUACGACUUUCAAAACGUUAUAUUUCCAUAUACAUUUACAUACCACUCUUUAAUUUAUCACUAAUGAAGUUUGCUUUACAAAACACACAUUUUUAAGAAAAAAGAACUGUUUUGCUGGAAGCUACUGUUAUUUGGCUUUCAAACAUCGGAGUUCUACUCGUUUUUCACUAUUUACUAUGCGAAACCGAAUGGUAUUCUGUGAUGUGUUUAUUAUUCAAAUACCUUAAUUAUGCAAAUAAACAUAUUGUGAAUAUUCACUUAUUCAACUUACUUUUUUUUUAAACAAACAGUGAUAUAUUGUUUUUUUAAAUAUCAUGUUCUGAAAUGAUUUGACAACCAUAUUAAGCUAGGGUGGGUUUACACAACCAGUAACAGGCAUAGCUAGCCUGCUGAAAAUGGAAUUUCCGUAUAUUACAGUGGUAUUAGGAUUAUCCUUCAAAGGGCUGGAUAAAACCCUGCAUCCCAUAAUUGGGGCUUCAUAUUUCGUGCGGAUAGGGCCCCGGGAGAGACCAGUCAACCCUCAAAAGGAAUUGGGUUUACACAACCAGUAACAGGCAGAGCAAGCCUCCCGACAAUUGGUAAUAUCGUAAAAUACAAUUGUAAUGUGAAUAACGUCAUCAAUGAAUUAUUUUUCAUAUAUUACAAUUGUAAUGGGAAUAGCGUCAUCAAUCAAUUAUUUUUAAUAUAUAUCUGUUUCUUUUAAAUUGUGAAUAGUGAAGAGCAAAUUGCUUUGUUUCUCGUUUUGUAGACUGUAGAUUGGACAUAUGUCUUUGUAAUAUAGAUUUAGAGAAAUCGAUUCAUAUGUAGAAACCCGUUCCUUGCCUG